AUGAGUGAAAUAAACGAAGAGCCUAAGCAUAUUCAGCUUCCAAGUGGGUUGUCUUUACCGAGAAUUGGAUUUGGCGUUUUUCGAAUCAAGUAUGCAGACUGUUAUGACCUGGUGACUGCAGCAUUGGACGCAGGAUAUCGACGGAUUGAUACUUCUGAAGUGUUUGGAAAUGAGGAUGUGUGUGGAAAAGCCGUAAUUGAUUGGUGUGAGCGAAAUCGAGCUCCUAGAACAGAUAUCAUUUUGAGCACAAAAUUAGCUAACUGUUCUGAUUAUGCGGCAACACGCGCUUCCAUUCGUAGCAGUCUGCAUCAUUUGGGUACUUAUAUUGAUAUUUUUUCCAUCUUUUCUCCGGCAGCCGGCAGUAAAGCUAGAAUCGAAAGCUGGGGAGUCAUGGAAGAAUUUAUUGAAAGAGGAGAUAUCCGUUAUGUGGGCGUCUGUAAUUACGGAACUAAGCACCUAGAAGAACUAUAUGCUUCUAAACCAAAGUACUUUCCCAUAGUUAAUCAGAUCGAACUACAUCCUUUUCUUGCCAGAGACGAAAUUGUGAAUUGGUGUAAAGGACACAACAUCCUUGUGGAAGCCUACUCACCUCUCACAAAUGGAAUUCGUCUUCAAGAUUCAACGCUCGUGGAACUUGCUAAUGCCGUCGGCGUUGAUGUUCCCAAAUUAUUGCUUCGUUGGAGUCUUCAAAAGGGUUAUGUACCUAUCGUCCAGUGUACGAACCGUGAUCAAAUUAAACAUAAUUUGGAUAUUUUCUCCUUUCAUAUUCCCAAAGAAAUAGAAGAUAAAAUUACCUCGCUUGACGAACAUUGGCAUGCCGAUUCUUCUUACGACCCUACUAUUUGCGAAUAA